GCUGUUUCCAAAGGAAAUUUCUCUGCGUAGUGUUUACGUUUUUUAACUUAUAUGAGCUCGUUAUCACCAAGCGUCUUCAACUGCUGCUUCAACUUCCGAUUGACGCUGCGGGCUGUGCACCACAUGUUUUUCUGCCGGCACUUUUCCGCCGGUUUUUCUGAACAAGUAUGCAACUGCGAAGCCGCGUCUCUUUCAAGUUGCUCGGCCAUUUUUGAAGUGUUGCUGACGUGACUGCGUGCGUGUCGCUGGCGCCCGCACGCAGCAGAUUGCCGGCAGUAUCAGCGACUAAAAACAGUGACGUGAUGCCAAUGGUGAGGCAAAAUAUCGUACGACAAAAAUGCACAGCUAGACGCGUUAGCGUGCUGCAACUGCUUCAGCAAAAUUGCGCUGUUUCGGCAUUUGCUUUUGAAGUCGGAGCCACGCAAUUCAAGACAUGAUGAAACAAUUUCCUUGGACCUCGGCCGCGACGAAAGGACUGAUCUUGUUUUUUCGGGACCAUGAGAACUUGUACAAUCCGGAACACAAAUUGUACAAAAACCGAAUGCUUCGUGACAAGCAUUUGAACGCUAUUUCUGCGAUCAUUGGUUGCACGCCCGAGGAAGCGAAAGCGCGGUUUCGAAACCUGCGAACGUACUUCUUCCGGGAGAACCAUAAGGUAACAGCUUCGAAGUCUUCCGAAGCUGGUAGCUCCUGCGGAGAGCCUUACUGCUCCCAGUGGGAGUUUUUCGAUGACCUGACGUUCCUGCGCAGUUGCCACCACCCUCGAAGUAACACCGACGCCACUGGGCCCGGUGGCACUGCUCAAGGAAGCGACGAGACUGAUCUCAUAAUGGCGAACGACGAAGCCUGUAGUAACGACGCUGACGCUGACGCCGUUGCCGUUGAAAUUGGCGAUAGCGGGGGAGAGUCCGGAGUUCCGCCGGAAGGCGACGCGUACGGCGGCGAGGGUGCGAACGCCGCAGAAGUUUUAGCCGUACUCUCGCAGGAGCCGCCCCUGAAAAAAUGGCGGAGGCAGUUCGAGGUGGCGGAGAACUUCAGAAGAGAGGAACCUCAGCAAUCGGUGCCGCCCAGUCGGCAGGACUCGACCAGUGAUAGCUCCAAGGACGAGAAUUACUACUUCGCCAUGAUGAUUGCUCAGGAGCUUCGUCUCCUGGAGCCGAUGAAGAGGGACAUGCUGAAACUCAGGUUGUUUGAGGCGGUGCUGCAGGCAAAGCAUAAUGUCAUGUUUGAGCGGCCAGCUUCUUCUGCCUUAAACCCACACGGCUGAUCGGUGCUGGGGGCCAUAAUAUUGGUCGUCACGCUGUUUAUGCGAUGCGCUCUUUUGUUGGGCCACUUUUCAUAGAAAGGAUGUUUGUACAUGGUUUCGUUUUCCCCCUUACUUUUGUAUAGUACAGAUAGACAUGAAGCUGCUGGUUGUACUUCAGCAUAAACAUUUUGUCAGCACUGCUUCAGUGCUGAGGCCACUAUGUGUUUGACUUUCCUUGAACAGUAGAACCCAGCUGAUACGUUUUUCGCGGGUCCGUGAAAAUAAAUCGUAAGAGCCGGGAAACGGGAAAAAAAUGAGAAAUUAGAGUUGUGAUGUGAAGCACACAAUUUUAUAUCAAACCUUUCGCUUGAAGAAAUCGUGCAGCGUCGCCUGGCGCAUUUUCUCACGCCCAUCAGUACAAGGCAUCUGUCAAGCACCUGCAGUGCCAUGUGGCUUUUAGCCUCGUCACUGCGCGCAAAUCUCCGCAACAAAUCCAGCGCUGUUACAGCCGACGAAGCUGCUGGCUCCGCCAAUGCGUAGGAGGCGCUGGCUCCGCAAACAGGAUGACUCCGGGCUACAAGCGCUAAUCUCGAAGUCCGUACUUUUGUUAAAUAGAUCAAAACCAAUUUUUAGCACUCAUGCAUGUCAUAGACAUGCAUUGUUCAGAUGAAAAAUACAGAUCUCGGAGGUCGCGUUUCUGGUGGCGGAACAUAAAUAUUCAUCAUAGUUGUCGCUCUCACUGCUACUGGCGGCCAAUUCGAUCGUCAAGCCACCAAGCGUACCAAGCCAAGCCAUGUGAAAAGUCAACGUGGCCGCCUGGGCCGUCUUGGAGGGCCGGUUCGCAACGUACAAUGCGGGAACGGUUCCACACUCGCGACGUUACAGCGAGGUUCCCAAUGCAUGGGAUCCUACGGGAGCUAUGCCGGGGCCAGCCGAAAAUGACGUAACAGCCAGGAAAACGCAGUACCCGGGAACGUAACAGCGGGGCUCUGUAUACAUGUAUACAUGUGCCUCCGAACUCCCUCUAUAAGCAGGUACCA